AGAACCGCAGCUACUUUUAUGCGAAUCUGUCAGAGGUUGUCUGCGACGGGUUGUUUUUUUUCUCAAACUCCUGGAAGACGUGGGUGACUGUGGGGUGGUUGGUGUGCCUUAGAAAUGAGGUGGCAGCGUGCCAAAAUCCAGGGGAUUGGAAGGUUAACAAGUGACAUUGGAGUGAGGCCUAACGCCAGGUGCCCUGUCGGGGAGCGUGUGUGACGGAGGAGGCUGUAGCUGCUGGUGCACACAAAAACGAAUCGGUGGGACGGGGAGAAGGAGUGGAGCAGCUGACUUGAAUUGCACCACACACUGCUCAGAACGCACGGAUGCCAUGGUAUUUGGUGCAGAGCCUGAGCCCUUGGAAGCUGGCAAUGACAAGUCUGAAUGGUAGCCAUGCCGAAAAGACCAUUGACAUGCCAAAACCAUCAGUCCCCAAAGUGCACGUGCAGAGGUCUGUGUCCCGAGACACCAUUGCCAUUCACUUCUCGGCAUCCGGGGAAGAAGAGGAGGAAGAAGAGGAGAAGUUCAGGGAGUACUUGGAGGAGGGGCUAGAUGACCAAAACAUCGUAACAGGGCUCGAAGCCAAGGAAGACCUCUAUCUCGAGCCGGGCGGCCAUGACGCCGCUGGGCCUGCUGUCUUGCCUGCCCUGGCAGAUGUCCUCUCUACGUCCCAGUCCCCUGCCAUUUUGCCCAUCUCCGAGAACACUGUAAAGCUGUUGGAAUCCCCUCCUCCGACAGCCCAAGUAUUAGGUACAGUGCCAUUGGCUCUUUCCCCAGGGUUGUCUUCAUCGGCGCUCUUGGCUAGCUCUCCCAGUGUGUCCUCUCUUUCCGAGCAGAAAACCAGCUCUUCCUCCCCAUUGUCCUCUCCUUCCAAGUCUCCUGUCCUCUCAUCCAGUGCCUCAUCCUCCACCCUUUCCAGUGCAAAACCCUUCAUGAGCCUGGUGAAGUCCCUGUCAACAGAGGUGGAGUCAAAAGAAUCCCCACACACCCCGAGGCAUAGGCACUUGAUGAAGACAUUAGUCAAGUCUCUGUCCACAGACACUUCCAGGCAGGAGUCAGAGACUGUGUCCUACAAACUGCCUGAUUCCAAACUGAAUUUACAUCUGUUCAAGCAGUUCACACAGCCACGAAACACAGGUGUAGAUUCCAAAACUGCACCUUCCUCCCCACUGACUUCUCCCUCUGAUACUCGCUCCUUUUUUAAAGUGCCCGAAAUGGAGGCUAAAAUUGAAGACACUAAACGACGCCUUUCAGAAGUCAUAUACGAGCCUUUUCAGCUCCUUAGUAAAAUUAUAGGGGAAGAAAGUGGCAGCCAUAGGCCCAAAGCCUUAUCUUCAAGUGCUUCAGAACUCUCCAAUCUGUCCAGCUUAAAUGGUCACUUGGAAAGCAAUAACAACUACAGCAUCAAAGAAGAGGAGUGUGAUUCCGAGGAGGACUGCCACGGAAGCGAUUCCACCAUCCCCAGAAGCGACCACCCCAAGUCCACUGAUGAGCCCACGAGAGAGGCGGAACCGAAAAGUUCCCAGGGUAGCAGUCUAAAGGAUUUAGGCCUGAAGACAAGUUCUCUAGUUCUUGAGAAAUGUUCUUUGUCUGCCUUAGCGAGCAAAGAAGAUGAAGAGUUCUGUGAGCUGUACACUGAGGACUUUGAUUUGGAAACAGAGGGGGAGAGUAAAGUUGAUAAACCCCCAGAUCUCCUUCUCAAGCCACAGGUGCUCAUGGACGGUGGCAUGGUUCCUGACAGCGAAGACGAGGUGGACUCAGCCGAGCAGCACCCGGAAUUACCAGUGAAGACCUUGGGCUUCUUUAUAUUGUGUGUGUAUGCAUACCUCAUCCUCCCCCUCCCCCACUAUGUGAGUGGACUCUUUCUGGGAAUCGGCCUUGGAUUCAUGACUGCAGUUUGCAUGAUUUGGUUUUUUACACCACCAAGCGCUCCUAAAAACCACAAGUCACAUAAAAACAUACGACAUUGGAACACAAAGUCUCUGGAUAUCAAAGAACCUGAAAUAUUAAAGGGAUGGAUGAAUGAGAUUUACAGCUAUGAUCCAGAAACUUACCAUGCAACUUUGACACAUUCAGUCUUUGUUCGACUUGAGGGUGGAAUCUUAAGACUCUCAAAGCCCAAUAAAAAUAUAUCCAGGAGGGCGAGCUAUAAUGAAACAAAGCCAGAGGUCACCUACAUCAGCCAGAAAAUCUACGACCUCUCAGAUAGCAAGGUUUAUCUUGUACCUAAAAGUUUGGCUCGAAAACGAAUCUGGAAUAAAAAGUACCCCAUUUGUAUAGAGCUUGGUCGACAAGAUGACUUUAUGUCUAAGACCCAGACUGAUAAGGAAACUUCUGAAGAGAAACCAGCAGCUGAGAGAGAACUGGGAAAUGAGGACCCUAAGAAGCCACCCCAUCCUCAAGAGGGAACAAGAUCUGUCCAGCGAGACCAGAUACUGUAUCUCUUUGGGAGAACUGGCCGAGAAAAGGAGGAGUGGUUUAGCAGAUUUAUUCUGGCAUCUAAACUGAAGUCAGAAAUCAAGAAGCCACCUGGUGUCUCUGGAAAUAAAGCAGGGGUUUUGCCCACACACAGCAGACACAGCAGCCCCUCGGGGCACUUGGCCCACAGCCGUAGCAGCAGCAAAGGCAGCCUGGAGGAGAUCAUGUCCCAGCCAAAGCAGAAGGAGCUGGUGGGCAGCGUGCGGCAGAAGAUGCUUCUGGACUACAGCGUAUACAUGGCCAGGUGCAUCCCCCAAGAAAACCAAAGCCCCCAGAGGAGCCCGGUGCAGAGCGCGGAGAGUAGCCCCACGACUGGGAAAAAGUUGCCAGAGGCUCCACCCCCUGAGGAUGAAGAACAGGAAGCCUGGGUGAAUGCCUUGCUUGGAAGAAUAUUCUGGGACUUCUUGGGCGAGAAAUACUGGUCUGAUCUGGUGUCUAAGAAAAUCCAAAUGAAACUCAGCAAAAUAAAGCUCCCCUACUUUAUGAAUGAGCUAACUUUGACGGAACUUGACAUGGGGGUGGCUGUGCCAAAAAUCCUUCAGGCCUUCAAGCCUUAUGUUGAUCAUCAAGGACUUUGGAUCAAUUUGGAAAUGUCCUACAAUGGGUCCUUUCUGAUGACUCUUGAGACCAAAAUGAAUCUGACCAAACUAGGUAAAGAGCCUCUUGUUGAAGCCCUGAAGGUUGGAGAAAUUGGCAAAGAAGGGCCCAGAGCGUACUGUCUGGCCGACAGCGAUGAGGAGUCCUCCAGCGCCGGCUCCUCCGACGAAGAUGAUGCUCCGGAGCCCAGUGGGGGAGAUAAGCAGCUCCUCCCAGGGGCUGAAGGGUAUGUUGGAGGUCAUCGAACAAGUAAGAUUAUGCGGUUUGUAGAUAAAAUCACCAAGUCAAAAUAUUUCCAAAAAGCAACAGAGACAGAGUUCAUUAAAAAGAAGAUUGAAGAAGUUUCCAAUACACCCCUGCUGCUAACUGUCGAAGUUCAAGAAUGUAGAGGAACCUUGGCGGUCAACAUCCCACCACCCCCGACUGACCGAAUAUGGUAUGGUUUCCGGAAACCACCAUAUGUGGAGCUGAAAGCUCGGCCAAAACUUGGAGAGAGAGAAGUGACUUUAGUUCAUGUGACAGACUGGAUAGAGAAGAAACUCGAGCAAGAGUUCCAGAAAGUUUUUGUCAUGCCAAACAUGGAUGAUGUUUAUAUCCCUAUAAUGCACUCAGCCAUGGACCCGCGCUCCACUUCCUGCCUCCUGAAAGACCCACUUGUGGAGGCUGCCGAGCAGUUGUGAUGGGUGCAGAUGUGACGUUCCCCGUGUUAGGAGAUCUGGCCUCCAGGUGUGGGGUUCUUGGCUGCCAUCUGUGCUGUAGCACUGGCCUUCACUCGUGCCACAGCUCCGGUUUUGUAAAGGACAAACUGCUUCCACCCUCUGCCUGCUGGUGUCCAUUCCACUGUGAGGUGUCAUUCCACACGUGCAGGGCAGGCUCUGGAUUGCCUGCUUUUCCUCUAGGCAAAGGAAACUGGAAGAAUCAUCAUGGUGGGUCCGGAAGUUACAGGUGACUCACACUGUGGCUUUUUUAAGUCCACCAGUUUUUGUGAUAGCAAAAGACUACAUGAAGAGUGAAGCUGUACAACUGGAAGGCUUCCCCUUACCCCCUCGACUCCUCCAGAGCUUUUCCUCAGGCAGCCGGUGCACAAUGAGACAUUUUUUCACUUCGGAUUGCAGCCCUUCACACUCCCACAGAAUGUCAGUCUGGUAAUGUGUGUGGAGGGUGGGGAGUGCAAUGUUGUGAGCCAUUUCAUUGGUGGUAAAAGAUUUCAUAGCAACUUUUUUUCAUAUUCAAUUGUGCAUUUUGGAAGCAAGUAGCCAUAGAACAUACACACACACUGUCAGCUGGGGUGGGGAUGGUGGGAUUCAUGUGAACAUUAGGCAAAGCCAUGAGAACAAACCAUCCUAAGCCUUUUACCAAUGAGGUACAAUCACCUGGUUUGUAACUAAUAUCAAAUGCUUUCCUGAGACAUGAGCAUACAUGAAAAUGUCAAACACUGCACAUAGACUGGAUUGUUCCAGACUGGAUUGUUCCUGUAGUAUAGUCAGGGUGGAGACAGAAAGCUAGAGCCACAGUCUGUAUCUGGCAUUUCCUGUCUACUCCUGGAAUUUUUAUAUAGGAAUAUAAAUGCUUAAUCUAAUUGGUUUGGGAUAAUCCUGUGGGCAGUUUUCUUUUCUGAUGGCCAAAAUGGAGAGAACUGCUGUCUUUCAUCCUGUGAUUCAAGACCGAACAUUUGCUCAACAUCAAACACUACACAUCUAAAAAUUAAUGACCUUUCCUUAAUGUUGCCAACUUUAUUUUGUGCAUUUGUGUCAGAAAGGCCUAGUUUACAAGUUUAGGGGCUCCCUCUAAUUGUAUUUGCUUUGAGAAGUAAACUUAACACAAAUUUUUAUUGUUCAAAACUGCAUUUGACAUCAAAAUUACCUUGAGUAAUUUUUGAUACACAUCUGUGGACAGAGCUAAUAGUGUUUUUUUAAACAGCACCUUGCCUGAACAUGACUUGGAAGAAAUUAAUAUAUUGAGAAAAAUCUUUGAACCCUUAUUGGAUUAUUUUAAUUGUAUCAUUAAAACAUUUGACUUAAAUUAUUUUACCAUUCCAGUCUGUGUACUGUUCUGAUUUCUUAUUUUUGUAGGCCGAUUUGCCUGGCAAGAGUCCGUGCAUCUUGUUCACUGGUCUGAUUUAAUUUUUGUGCAAUAGCUAAAAGCAAAAGACUAGAUGCACUACCGUGUAGAUUCUGCGACUGUACUGUUGCACUUAAAAAGUAUGUGAGGAUUUACAAUCGCUUGCAUUGUUUCACAAAAAUAAAUAUCUCAUGUCAAAUA